GCGCUUCCGGGCGGGCAUGGCGGGCGGCGGGGAGGAGCCCUUCGCGCCCUCGGCGCUGGGCACCAGGCCUCACUGGGAUGCUGCGUAUGAGAGAGAGCUGCAAGCUUUUCAGGAGACGGGAGACGCUGGGGAAAUUUGGUUUGGAGAAGAAAGCAUGGUUCGCAUAAUCAGAUGGUUGGAGAAACAAAAGGUGCCCCUUGACAGCUCUGUGCUUGACAUUGGAACUGGGAAUGGUGUUUUACUGAUUGAAUUGGCAAAAAAUGGCUUCACUAACCUCACUGGGAUUGAUUACUCAGCUUCUGCAAUACAACUUUCAGAAAAAGUAAGGGAGAAAGAAGGGGUGUCUAACAUUAAAUUACUGGUAGAAGACUUCCUGGCUCCAUCAGCUGAGCUACUGGGAUUUCAGAUCUGUAUUGACAAGGGGACUUUUGAUGCCGUGAGCCUUAAUCCUGACAAUGCAGUUGGAAAGAGGAAGCAGUACGUGAGAUCUCUCUGCAGUGUAUUGAAGCCAGAGGGCUUUUUCCUCAUCACAUCUUGCAACUGGACCAAGGAGGAGCUGCUGAAUGAGUUCAGAGAAGGAUUUGAAAUUGUGGAGGAGCUGCCAACACCCAAGUUCUGCUUUGGAGGAAGAACUGGAAACAGCGUAACAGCACUGGUUUUCCAAAGAAAAAAGUGAGACCAUCCAUCUUGGACAAAUUAGAUUAGCUGAGAAAAGUCUGAACUUUAAAGUAAGCCUGACAGCAAACCUCAGACACGUGUGUAAAUAAAUGUUAUUUGAGUACACAGUUAAAUGCUAUGUAUGGAACUCUAAGGGACUAUAAAACAUUGCCCUAGAAACACAAGAGCUUUGCAUAACUUGCCUGUAAAUUUUGUCCCUGCUACAACCUCACUUGUUUCAGGGAGGCUGCAAGUUUGAGAGAGACAAGCAUUUUAAAUAUUGACUGAGAUAGCUGAGUGUUGGCUGCAUUUGGAAUGUAAAGAUUAUCUGGUAUUUAAUUUCUGGAUUGGUAAUCAGUGACCAACAGAAGCAAAGGUGUUCUACAAAGGAAAUCUCAUUUCUGUGCUGUGGUGUAACUGGAGAGAAGCUUUUGAGAUGUAGUUGGUGGACCCUUCAUUUUUGCAGGAGGUAAUUCUCAUCACCUGUGAGAAUGGAGGCUUGCAUCAUUACUUACUUCCACUGAUCCCAUAAUUAUAUAAAGGUGUGACAUUAUAAUCUCACUAGCAUGUGA